AUGGGUAAAUCUUCAAACCUUGUACGUAAAAAUAAAUACAUUCGUUAUAGACAACAACGAAAAUCAAAUAAAAUUUCUUAUCAAAACGAAAUAAAAAAAAAGGAAGAGGAGAUCGGGGACCUGCAAGUAAAAGUCCAAGAACUUGAAAAAUUUAUCACCGAAGCCGGAGAAACG